AUGGUGUUGUCCCUGGCCGACGAGGAAUCCGCCUCCGUGCUCACAUCUGAUGUCGCCUUGCGUGGCCACAUCGCCAUCGGUUCCUCAGGCGGGUGGCUCGUGAUGGUCGACGAGCGGGGCGCCCUACGCAUGGCUAACCCAGUCAUCGGGGCGCACGUCGACCUGCCGGUCAUCACCACUGUCUCGUUCCUCCACCCAGUUUCUGACGGCAGCUGGUUCUGCCUCCACUUUGAGCCCUUCCUAUAG